UGAGCGAGCAGAGGAAAUGGCAAUGGCUGAAGCUUGACUUCCUUUGAAUGAAGAAAGCGAGGGGUUUGGUCAGAGCUAUAAGCAGCAGCAGCAGAAGCUUCUCCUUAAACCUCCAAAACCCUACUAAGUCUCCGAACUUCUUUAAUUUUCAGAUGGACGCGUCGGAGCGUUACUGCUUCAAUCCUGUGCUGAAAUGGAAUCCUCAAGUGGAGGCGUACUUCGUCAGUGCUUAUGGGGCGGAGCAUUUCGCUCUCAUCUCCCAAGCUCUCACGCGGCCCUCUUGCUAUUCUUGCAUUCGAGUGAACACGCUUAAGUCAGCAACUGAUGCAGUCAUUGAUAAGCUGCGAGCUCUUCUGGGGGAGAAGUUUCAUGGACUUGCCAAUGGCAGCUCAAAUUCAAGAAGAGAAAAUGGUCGAGAUUCGGGAGACCAUGGUGGGGCAGUUUUAGGUUCUUCAGGGGACACAGUGGAUCCUCUGAAGGAAAGCUUGGAUAGUGGAUUGGUUUCUCGAUGUCAAAUACCUGGAUUAGAGUAUGUUGUCUUAGUCAGAGGUUCGGGGCCGCACAAUAUUGAUUAUGGUCUUAAUCCUGACAAGCCUUUGAAGGAGGUCAUUGUCAGUAGGAAGUGUGCAGAAUCAGUGCUCCGAGGUGCUCAGGUAUAUGUUCCUGGUGUGAUGGCAUGCAGUGCUUAUGUGGAGAAAGGUGAUGCAGUAGCCGUCUCUGUUGCAGUGGAGCGACCUGUUCCAGGCGGUGGAUGGGCCAUUGAUGUGACACGUGGGACUGUUCUUCAGGGAGCACAAACAGAUCCUUACUAUUUAGAAAGAAGUGGCCUAUAUAUAGGUCAAGGAACAACGAUGAUGUCAAGAUCAAGCAUUUUCCGUGCCUCUGAAGGGGUGGCUGUUGACAUGAAUAAUAAAGUAUACGGGCUGCCUUCUUUCAAUAAUGUGCUUGAGGGGGAAAUAUUUCUCCAAAAUUUGCCAAGUAUAGUCACAGCUCACGUCUUAGAUCCUCAAAAAGGUGAGCGUAUUCUGGACAUGUGUGCUGCACCAGGAGGGAAAACAACUGCAAUAGCAAGUAUUAUGAAAGAUGAAGGGGAGGUUGUAGCUGUCGAUAGAUCUCAUAAUAAGGUGCUUGAAAUUCAGAAAUUGGCUACUGAAUUGGGCUUGAAUUGUAUAACCACAUAUAAACUAGAUGCUCUUAAAGCUGUUUGCAGGAGAAGUGACUCUGACAUUUCAUCCUCAUCUUAUUGUGCUGAAGAUACCAGCAAUUCUGCUAUUUCAAAUUCUAAUAUGAUGGAGUCGCAUGUAGAGAAUAAGUCAGGCAGUGAAAUUGAAGGAUUGAGUGUUGCUGAAACUUGCAGUGGCAAUGCUAGCAAUGGACAGGGAGAAGGAAAAGUUUAUGUUAGUAGAGCUGAAAUCAGGAAAAGCAUGCGAAGAAUGAAGAAUGGGCCGGGAAGGAAUCAAAGCACAGGUGGCAGGGUUGAGAAGUCAAACGGUUUCUUACCUCACAGCUUCGAUCGUGUCCUUCUUGAUGCACCUUGUUCUGCUCUUGGCUUGAGGCCUCGUCUUUUCUCUGCCGAGGAGACAGUUGAAUCCUUGAGAAAUCAUGCGAAGUAUCAGCAGAGAAUGUUUGAUCAGGCUGUUCAGUUAGUUCGCCCAGGAGGUGUUAUUGUGUACUCAACAUGUACGAUUAACCCUGGGGAGAAUGAAGCAUUGGUUCGUUAUGCGUUGGACACCUACAAAUUUCUGUCUUUGGCUUCUCAGUAUCCAAGAGUUGGAGGACCAGGCCUGGUCGGUCAUUAUGAAUACCCCGAUGGAUUGGUUGAGGAAUGGCUGAGACCCGGCGAAGAGGAACUAGUUCAGAGAUUUGAUCCAUCAGCACCACUUGACACGAUCGGGUUUUUCAUUGCCAAAUUUUCCGUCAGUGCAGUAUCAUGAGCUCGUCAAUUAAGGGGGUUGUAUGCAACUUUUGAGAAUUCGGUCUGCUGAGUCACAGGUGAAGAUUUUUUGAGUCGCAUAUGAAGAUUUAAAGCAUCACAUUGAUCAUCUACCAUUUUCAUGAUCAACUGACUGAAUUUGAGCUGAAUUUGAGGGAGAAUGAGAGAUAGAAUGAGAAAACUAACCGUGUUCAUUUAAAUUACCGUAAUGUAAUAAUGGCUGGAGUUAUCGUGGCUGCAUCACAUUCAUGAUUUUCGAGUGUACGAUGGUUAAAUAUCAAGAGUCGAGACUGUUCCAUUCGUA